UUCAUGCCUGAAGAACAUAAUAAUGAAGUUGAAGAACCUAAUAUUGAAGUUGAAGAACCUAAUAUUGAAGUUGAAGAACCCCCACCAAAGCAGAAAAAUACUAGGGGUAGAACCAAAAGACUAGAUAUAACGAGGCUGGCAAGCGAGGGCAAAAAAUUGGAAAUUGAGUACAACAACCUCGGACAACAAUGGGGAAAAGCAGCGACUGAUUUAGUUUCCCGGAUUGGGGUGUGGGUUCGAAUUAACAUACCACUUGUGAAUAAAAAGUGGCCACAAAUUGAUAAGGAGCUGAAGAACAGAUUAUGGAAUGAUGUUAAGGGUAAGUUCGAGCUGGAAGAGGAGGCAAAGAGACGAACAAUUCAAAAAGCUGGGGAGAGAUGGCGGGAUUGGAAAAACACCUUAACAAAAGGUAUUUACAAGGUUAAAGAUGUGGCUCCACAACUUCUUGAGAAGCCACCGAGAUUGUACGAAGACAUAAUCGAUGAGACCGAGUGGACAGAGUUUGUGGCUUUAAGAUUAACUAAAGAAUGGGGGGUGACGAGAAAGAAGCCCCAAGCUAGCAGGGCAAAAAAUAUUUACCCCCACCGCUCUGGACGAGGUGGUGCGAGGAUGGUGGAGUUACAGAUGGAGAAAGAGUUAGGCCAUUAAUUGGUCAAAAUUGAUAGAGUCGACUUAUG